AUGGAAUAUCUGCUGAAAAACAAUAUGAUAUUUGAAGUAUAUCAUUAGCAAUACUAAUCUGAGAUUUCUAUCGUUGAUAAUCUUUUAGGAUAAUUCGCUCCUUCAAGAUCAAAAGAAAAUUAAGGAGAAAUAUUAUAUACGCUUAAAUUGUAAAUGGAAAAAAUUUGA